AUGGAGGAAAACAUCGACGUGUGCAUCCGGGUCCGGCCGCUCAACGAGCGCGAGAAGCGCAACAAGGACGUGAGCGUCCUCCGCGUGCUCCCGGCGCUCAACGCGAUCUCGAUCACGGACCGCCAUGGCACGCCGCUGCAGGGCCCGACCGCGGUCUUCCAGUACGACCACAUCUUCCAGCAGCGCGUGCCCACAAGCACCAUCUACGACCAAGUCGCCAAGCGCAUCGUGCUCUCGACGCUCAUGGGCGUGAAUGGCACCAUCUUUGCGUACGGCCAGACGUCGUCCGGGAAGACGCACACGAUGACGGGCGAGGCGGGCGAGCCCGGCAUCCUCCCGCUGGCCGUGCAGCACAUCUUCCAGUACAUUGCCGACUCGACGGACCGCGACUUCCUCAUUCGCGUCUCGUACGUGGAGAUCUACAACGAAGUCAUUCGCGACCUCCUCUGCGACGACAAGGAGAAGGGCCAGAACGUCAAGAUCCGCGAAGACCCAAAGAAAGGCAUCUACCUUGAGGCCCAUGAGGAGUUCAUUACCGACUUUGAUACGAUCAUGCGUCUCGUCGACCAAGGCAACGCGCGCCGCGCCGUGGGCCAAACCUCCAUGAACGAGCACUCGAGCCGGUCCCACAGCAUCUUUCAGAUCGUGAUCGAGUCCAAGGAGCGCGGGCCCGAGAAGGACGAUGGCGUCGCGUACCUCGUCGGCGUCCUCAACCUCGUGGAUCUCGCAGGCUCGGAGAGCGUGCGCCACACGUCGUCGGAAGGCGCGCGGCAGCGCGAGGCCGGCAACAUCAACCGGUCGCUGCUCACGCUCGCGCGCGUCAUCAACUCGCUCGCCCAAGGCCCCGAGAGCGUCCAAAGCGCGCCGUUCCGCGACUCGAAGCUCACGCGGCUUCUCCAAAACUCACUCGCAGGCUCGACGCGCACGCUCAUCGUGUGCUGCGUGACGCCGUCGGACCGCCAUCUCGAAGAGUCCAAGAGCACGCUGCAGUUUGCGGCGCGUGCCAAGACGAUCCAGAUGAGUGCGACUGUCAAUGAAGUACUCGACGACCACGCUCAGAUGCAGCGGCUCCAGCGCGAAGUCAACGACCUUCGCAAGAAGCUGCUCGGCGAUACCUCGCUCAAUGCGCUUUUGGCCGAAAACCAAGCGCUCUCGGAGGAGAAGCGGCGGCAGCAGGAGAAGAUCGAGCGCCUCCAGGGCCUCAUCGUCACGGGCCGCGCGUCGCUCGAGCCCAGUGACGUCAAGAAGACCAAGACGAAGCGCGCGCGCGAGACGUGGGGCCCCGGCGAGAUCGCGGCGGUCGCCUCCGCCGCCCGCCACGGGUUUGCAUACGAAGACGAAGAGAAGGAAGAAGGCAGCGUCGCCAAGAAGCGCAAGGGACGGUACUCGGAAGGGAGUGUCGUCGACGCGGCUCUUGCGAUCGAGCACGCGCGCACGGUCGAGCUCCUCAAGCGCGAGUUGGCCGCCGCCAAGAUGGCUCUCGAAGAGAGCAAGGCGCAGCCGCCAACGUGUGCGCACUGCGUCGCGGCAGACGAGUCGGUCCGCGACUUUGAAGCGCUCUUGGAAACCAUGUCGGCGGACCGCGCUAGCCUCAAGGACAAGCUGACGGUCACCGAAGCUGCCGUCACAGCGCUCCAAGCUACUGUCGACGCAUCGACGAGCACGAUCGGUAGCUUGGAAGAGAAGCUGGACGAGCAAACCAAGAUCGCUGCGGCGUUUGAGGAGCUGCUCGAGAACGCGUCCCAGACCCGGAACGACCUCGAGGAGGCGUACAACGACGAGGUCGAGAAGGUCAAGGCGCUCGAAGCGCAGGUGGGCGACGUCGAGAAGGUCGCAAGCCUCCAGACGCGCUUGGACGAGCAAAACCAUUACAUGGAAGAGCUCGAGAAGACGCAUGCGCAGUUGCGACUCCAGUACGAGUCGGAGCUCGACGCGCUUCGUGGUCCGCCCAAGGAGCCUGAGGUCGUGGGUCAGCUCCAGAGUGCGCUGGACGAGGCCGAGAACAAGCUGACGCAAGCGCUUGCCGACGCGGCAGCCGCACAGGAUAAGUGGGACCUCCAGAUCCAAGCGCUCCAGUCCGAGAACGAGACGCUCGCGACCGCGAACGACAGUGCACAGGACGUGGCGGCUGUCCAGAUGGAGAAAGAAGCCAUCCAGUUCCAACUUGAGGCGCUGCAGCGGCAGCUGGACGCGGAGCUGGAGCGGCGCGUGGACGACGACGCCGAGUGGGAGGCCAAGGUCGACCAGCUCACGCAGGACGUAUCGACACUGACCGAGCAGCUCCAAGCCGAGAAAGACGACAAGGUCGCGGUCGAAAGCGCGCUGAUGACUCAAUUGCAGUCGAUCGAGAAGGACCUCGAGACAGCGCUCUCGGAGCAUAGCCGCGCCAUGCUCACGGCGCGUGAAGCCUCAGCGUCCACCGAGGCCAUUGCGCGUCUCCUCGAAGAAGAGCUCUUGUCGACCAAGACAGCGCAUCACCAAGUCGAGUGCGACCUUCGCAAGCAGAUCGCCGACGCCGACGCCCGCGCGACAGCGGCGACCGCGGCUCGCCUUGCGCUCGAAGAAGACCUCGUGGUACUGCAAGGAAAGCUGCAUUUGGCGGACGGAUCUGUCAACGACCAAGUGGCUGCGCUUUCGACCCAAGUGAACGCGCUCCUCAAUGAAAAGACAGAGCUCGAAGCCAAGCUGCGUGCCGCGGCCGAGGUCGCGACGCAGCUCGAGACGCUUCAACAUGAAAAUACCUCCAUGUGCAGUGCGAUGGAAGUCCUCGAGCUGUCGCUGGCCGAAGCGCAAGACAAGGUCACGCGGCUCGGGUACCUCGAGACGCAAGCGUUUGAGGAGAAGCAAGCGCUUCAAGCGCGCAUGCAAGAGCUCACGACCGACCUCGAGCAGCUGAGAUCGACCCGCGCGACGACUGCGUCCGAUGAAGCCGCCGCGUUGCAAAGCACUUUGUACACGCUCCAAGUCGAGCACCAAGCGCUGACCGAGCAGGUCCAGCGCCUUGAGCAAGACAAGCGCAUGCUGGAGACGUCCGUGGCCAGCGAAGACGCGCUCCACGCUAGCCGCAUCACGUCGCUGGAGGACAAGAUCCGGAUGUUGGCGCAAGAGGUCGUAGACGCAACGAGUGCACACGCGGCCGAGUUGACGGCGCAGAGCAGCGUGUGGGCCGACGAGCGCACUGCACUCAAGUUGGCCCUUGCCACGCUCGAGGCCAGCGCUCGCGAAAAGGACGACGCGAUCGACGCGCACGGACGAGCCAUGGCCAAGCUCGAGGAGACGCUCUCGGCCAACCAAGAUGCGAUGUACGCGCAGCGCGUGGCGCAACACCAGGCACUCUCGGCGGCUGAGGCGGCGCUGGCCACCGCGACCGAGCAAGUGGCAGCGCUCACGGCAGCCAACGAGGCGCUGGAAGCCGAUGCGGCGCGCCGUGCGACGGCCGCGACGGCGGAAUUGGACGCCAAAGUGACCGAGCUCCAGGCGCAGCUGAACGCCAGUGCCAAUGAUGCGACGUCUUUGCGCGCGCAACUGCGGGCUCUCGACGACGAGAAGGCGCACGUCGCGCGCUUGACGACCGCGCUCGAGGAAGAAGCAUACGAGAAGAGCGUGCUUGAGAAGGACUUGGACGAGGUCCGCGCGACGCUGGCCGAGAUGGAGACGGACCGCAGCAAGGUGCAGCGCAGCCUGGAGAUCGACGCCGAGCAGCAGAUCGCCCAGGUCGUCGAAGAAAAGGGCAUGUUGUACGAGCAGAUCGAAGGGCUCCAAGCCGACUACAAGCAGAUCCAGAAAGAGCUCGAGCUGGUCAAGACAAGCGAGCGCACGCUGCGGCAGGAGCACACGGCGGUCCGUGACGAGCUCGACGUCGCCCGGUCGCGCAUCACCAAGCUCGAGCUCGUCAAGAUGACCAAGCACCACCUCGAGAUCUUCCAGACACUCAAGCUGGACAACAAGAAGAAGACACAGGAGAUUGCGUCGCUGAGCGCCAAGCUCGCGGCGAGACCAAGCACGUCCGAGGCCGAGGUGCGCGAGCUCGAGGCGCGUCUCCGUGCCGAGCACACCAAGCGGUCGGCGCUUGAAGAUCAAGUGGGCGAGCUGGGCCUUGCGGUCAAGACGAUGGAGAACGAAGUCAAGAUCAAGGCGGCCGAGUCGAGCGCGCUCCAGAGCACGAUCGAGCAGUACGAAGUGCAAUUGCAAGAGCUCGACGACGAGCUCCGCCGCAGCAAGGAGGCUCUUCAGGCGAGCGAAGAGGCAGCCAAAGCCAGCGCGGACAGCGAGCCAGCGUACCUCGUCAACGAGAACCUCCAGCUGCACUACGAGGUCAAACACCUCAAGAAGCUCCUCGAAGACUACUCGCCGAGCUCCCUAACGGCUCUCCAGCCACCGGUCGCACCCCCCGGCUUCAACACGACGCCUGCCAAGAGCUAUGCGACAGUGCCGGCAACAGGACGACAGUUGACGCCGAGCCAGACGGCGAGAACGCCCGGGCGAAAUGUGACGCCAAGCGCGGCGCUGCUGCGCGAGCCGGCGCCCGAGCCCGAAGCCGAGAAGUCCGAGUGCAAACAGCAAUAG